AUGUUGACUUUCUGUACGGUGCAGGUAGCAGAAGAGUUAGUGUCAGUUGGGAAGAUUGCAUGCCCUUUGCUAAUGACUUCACUGCUCAUGUUUUCGAAAUCAAUCAUUUCGAUGCUGUUCUUAGGCCGAAUGGGGAAAAUUGAGCUAGCUGGAGGCUCUCUUGCAAUUGGUUUCGCAAACAUUACAGGAUUCUCAGUCAUGAAAGGCCUAUCUGUUGGGAUGGAACCAAUCUGUUGCCAAGCCUAUGGAGCCAAGAGAUGGUCAGUUCUCAGCCAGACAUACCUCAAAACUUUCCUCCUCCUCUUAUUUGCAUCCAUUCCCAUUUCAAUUCUAUGGCUAAACAUCGAACCAGUGUUCCUAUGGUUAGGUCAGGACCUCGUUAUCACAAAGGUCGCGAAGGAUUACCUUGUUUUUUCCAUUCCUGAAUUGCUAGCCCAUGCUCACCUCCAUCCACUGAGGACAUUUCUGAGGACUCAGAGCUUAAAUUCACCAGGUUCAAUAGUUGCCACUUGUGCUACAAUUCUCCACCUUCCCUUAAAUUACCUUCUAGUGAAGUGGUUGAAUUUAGGGGUGAAAGGAACCGCAUUGGCUUCUUUGUGCUACGCGUUGAACAUGAACAUUGGCUUGUUGGCUUAUCUAGUUCUGUCAAAAAUAGCACUAAAACCCUGGGUUGGCACGACAAUCGCCUCCACUUUUCAAGGCUGGCAGCCAUUGCUAAGUCUAGCAUUGCCUAGUGUGUGCUCUGUGUGCUUGGAAUGGUGGUGGUACGAAAUUGUGCUGUUUCUAAGUGGCUUGUUGAGCAACCCCGAGUCUUGCGUGGCAGCGACAGGCAUUCUGAUUCAAGCAACAGGGUUAAUGUAUGUGUUUCCCUAUUCUCUGAGCUUAAGCAUAUCACAGCGCGUUGGGCACGAGUUGGGGGCUGGGCAACCGGCUCGUGCUCAAUUGGCAUCGUUAGUUGGGCUAAUGGUAGGAGUUGGUUAUGGACUUGCGGCAUUUGGUUUGAGUAAUGCUGUGAGAACUGUGUGGGGCAAGAUGUAUACUGAUGACCCACAGAUUAGUACCUUGAUUUCAUUAGCCCUUCCAAUAUUGGGACUUGCUGAACUCGGAAACUCCCCUCAGACAGCUGCUUGUGGUGUCCUUACAGGCUCUGCACAGCCUAAAUUGGGCGUCUGUAUAAAUAUUGCUGCCUUUUACCUCAUUGGAUUGCCAGUUGCUGUUCUAAUGGCGUUCACGUUCAAGAUUGGUUACCGGGGACUAUGGUUGGGGCUAGUAGCGUCGCAGGGUUCGUGUGCGUCCAUGAUGGUGUACACAUUGAUUCAGAUGGAUUGGAUGCACCAAGUUAAGAGGGCAGAGGACCUGACUCUGGCUGCCGGAGACAAUGAUGAUGUGGAAACCAAUCUAGUCCCCUGAUCUCCAUCUCCCUAUAUUAAGUCAGUUUUAGGGAAAAGUAUACUACUUAAUUGAGUGUAAAUCAUCAUUUUUGUCAAGAAAUUGCAAUGUAAUUUUUCACAAAUGUAAGAGAAGAAAAAAAAUGAAAAGAAAAAAAAAGAGAGCAGUAGUACUACUGAUAAGGCUCAUUAGAAGUUUUCUAAACUCACGGGAAGCAAAAGCAAUCUUCUUCUUUGCACUAUUAGACAGAUAAAUGAGUAUUACAAAAAAAAAAAAAAAAGAUGUAUUAGAAAAUAAAUGGCUGCCUAAUAGUGUCAAAGCAGCAAGAUUAGAUUAUUUAGAGAAGUUUCAUUAAUUUAAAUAUAUUUAUACAAAUUACUUUCAAAGUUUGAUUUGGAUUGCUUUUACGUGGCUUUGAUGAUUAUUGACUUGCAUACAUUUGUUGAAUCAUUGAGGAACUAGGGUGCAGACAGAACUAGAAAUCUGAUGUUUUUAUUGUACUACAAGUGAAUUG